AUGCCUGUUACAUCCAUUCUACAGCAUCAGAGGGAGAGGGAGAGGCUCACGCAGCCUGACUUGGACACACCUAUGCCGGAUCAUGACCAGGGUCCCAGCAUGCGAGAAGAAAUGCAGAAGGUCAGGAUUCGAUGGGCCCUCGCCGUUGAGCAACAUGUUCAAGUGUCUUUGCUCACCGAAACGGAAAAGGCUGCCGCAGUAGCUGCGCGAUGGAUUCCGCCUGAUUCGAGUUACAUCGAGGCUCCUCCGGCGUGCGCAAGGCAAGUCAGACGAGUGGGAGAAAGCGUGGUCCAUCGCAGGUUCCCCCCCAUGACGGCCACAAUACGAGACGACUACCUCCGACGGACCACAAUUCCAGACCUGGAGCAUCUAAGAUGCAGCAGCAUAAUUCUCAGCAGUGUUCUUCCCGAGAUCACAAUCCUGGUCAGGUCUCUCCAGAUGUAUAUAACGUCACACAUCGUGCUGUAG